AUGUUGCAACAUGCUGAAAAUAAGAUCAAUGUGACUUGUAAAACACGGUGCAAGAUGCCUUGGUUCUUCCAUGUCAGUCAAGGCUCAAACCAGCAGCCCUGUCCAGCAACACACACUAUCCCAACAUCAGUAGCUUCACACUGGACACAGCUAACACUGCUGGACAGGGUUGACUCUGCACACGGUCCAGCUCGUCUUCACCCAGCCAGGCAGACUUUCUGUCAGUACCACAGGGUUCAGUGCCUCCCAGCUUGGAGAACCUAUCUUGUACCUCUCUGAACUCAGCAGCAGGCAGAGAGCCCCUGCCACUCUCAAUACAUUCCCACGGGGGGCCAGUAUGAAAAAUGUAUGCACUCACUAAUUGGAAGUCGCUCUGGAUAAGAGCGUCUGCUAAAUGACUAAAAUGUAAAAAAAUGUUUUAAAAAAUUACAGGUUAAGGAUAGCCCACCAAUUAUCUUUGAGUGCCAACUGUGCCUCUGGACCCAAUGGUUUGAGUCAUGGAGUGAGAAGGAGAGGAACAGUUUCCUACACAUUCUAGAAGAGAAGGACCCGAUCUUUGUUGCCCGCUUCUACAGAGGUGUAGCUGGGACAGCAGGCAGGGAUUGA